AUGGUCGAGCAAAACCUGCGAUCGCUGCUAGUUUUUCUCAUGGUCGUGCAGGCCGCUGUAGUGACGAACGGCGGUGCGGCCAGCCAGCAGCCAGCAGCGAGGAGGCGGGGCAGUCGACGAGGAAGAGGAAAAAAACGAACACCGGCCGAAGCCCGUGGAUCGAUUCAUCGUUGUGGUCGUCGCCGAGAAGGAAAAAAACGAGGAGGUGGAGGAGGGCAAGCGGCGGUCAGCGACGAGCCAGCGAUGAAAACAGCUCGUUGA